AUGUUUCGCGCGGGCUCCUCCAGAAUCUUGUCGAGGAACCUCGCGUCCUCGGCUAGAUUUCAGCCCUCUUUACUGAGACCCUCGGUUGCGCGGGUAUCGGCGCGGAGUCUAGCGUCCGUCAACAUCCCAUCACCCAAGGUAUGUGUGACCACGGCGAUCCAGCGGCUCCGAUCAAUGCUUCAAACGGGACCUCUACAAGUGCAAUCUAACCCCUUUCUCCAGGAACCCACUGAUCUCGACAACAUUACCACACUGCCGAAUGGCGUUCGGGUCGCAUCCGAAGCCCUUCCUGGCUCCUUCUCUGGUGUUGGAGUCUACAUAGAAGCCGGCUCAAGAUUCGAGAACCCAUAUCUCAGUGGUGUCAGUCACAUUGUCGAUCGUCUGGCCUUUGCUUCGACAGACAAGCGCAGCGGCGAACAAAUACAAGAGACCGUCGAGUCUCUGGGUGGAAACAUACAAUGUGUCUCGAGCAGAGAAUCCAUGAUGUACCAGGCCGCCACCUUCAACUCGGCCGUCCCGACGGCAACCGAGCUCCUCGCUGAGACGAUACGGAACCCUCAAAUUACCGAGGAAGAGGUCGCGCAGGAGUUGGCUACUGCCGAGUACGAAAUCACAGAGAUCUGGAAGAAGCCCGAACUCAUUCUCCCGGAACUGGUGCACAUGGCUGCCUUCAAGGACAACACGCUGGGCAACCCGCUUCUGUGUCCGGCCGAGAGGAUACCCGAAAUCAACAAGUCCGUCGUCGAAGCUUACCGGGAAGCCUUCUACAGACCAGAGCGGACCGUCGUGGCUUUUGCUGGAGUACCUCACGCCGAGGCAGUGCAACUAGCUACGCAAUUCUUUGGCGACAUGAAGGCAUCUGACCGGCCGGCACUUUCUAGGACAGGCUCCGAGACGUCUCUUGGCUCGACAUCAUCAGAAACCUCGGAUGCUUCAUCAGACAGCUUGUCCUCGUCGAGUGUAUCUUCCACAUCUUCUACUUCGUCGCAACAAUCCAGCAUAUUAUCCAAGAUACCCCUUUUCAAGAACCUCUCCACUUCAGCAUCAAACAAUGCAUCUGUGCUCGACGCGAGCCAGCAAUAUCCCACUCAGCAGCAAUUAAUUGCCCCCGCGCAGUACACUGGCGGCUUCGUUUCACUCCCCUCUCAACCCCCGUCUUACAACCCCAUGCAGCCAGUCUUUACGCACAUCCACUUGGCUUUUGAAGGUCUUCCAAUCGCCUCUGAUGAUAUCUACGCUCUGGCGACUCUGAACACGCUACUUGGUGGUGGUGGAUCGUUCUCAGCUGGAGGACCUGGCAAGGGCAUGUACUCUCGCCUGUACACCAAUGUCCUGAACCAGCAUGCGUGGGUGGAGUCGUGUGUGGCGUUCAACCACUCUUACACUGACUCGGGUCUGUUUGGUAUCUCGGCAAUGUGCAUUCCAGGCAGGACCCAGGCCAUGCUUGACGUCAUGUGCCAGGAGCUGCGCGCCUUGACCCUCGAGACUGGCUUUGCCGCACUCGGACAGGUCGAGGUCAGCCGUGCAAAGAACCAAUUGCGAUCCAGUCUCUUGAUGAACCUGGAGAGCAGAAUGGUUGAGCUCGAGGACCUUGGUAGGCAAGUUCAAGUACACGGCCGAAAGGUUCCCGUGCAUGAAAUGUGCCGCAAGAUCGAGGCUCUCACAGUGGAAGAUCUGCGACGAGUAGCCCGUGAGGUGACUGGUGGUCUUGUCCAGAACCCCGGCGGCGGCAGUGGCCACCCCACUGUUGUGCUGCAAGAGGCCCAAAACAUUGGCUCAAACGCGAAAUCGAUGAGCUGGGAAGAGAUCCAGGAUAGAAUCUAUAGAUGGGGUCUCGGCAGGAGGUAG